AUGAGACUCUUUGAGAACCAACACGUCUUUGAUUAUUCAUGGGAAUACAUUACAGCUGCUAAUUGGAAGAAGUAUCCGAAUGAGGUCAGUACACAUGUUAUCGCUGUUGAUGUGUUGAGAAGAGAGUUAGACUCAAGCGGUAAGAUUUUAACUAGCGAACGUUUGAUCACAUGUAAACAGUCGGUUCCUAAAUGGGUGAUGAUGCUUGUUGGUGGAUCCAAUGUGAGUUAUAUCCGUGAGGUGUCGGUUGUUAACCUCGAUAAGAAGAGUCUAACUCUUAGAAGUUGUAAUUUGACUGGCUCAAAUUUACUCAAGGUGUAUGAGACUGUGUCGUAUGUGCCUCAUCCAGAAGAUCCACAAAGGAGAACUCUUUUCAAACAAGAAGCACAGAUUACGGCAUACGCUACCUUCACUAAACUCUGCAACAAGAUCGAAGAGUGGUCUGUAAACAGAUUCCACGAAAAUGCCGAAAAGGGUAAGAAAGGGUUUGAUUCAGUUUUACAACUUCUUGAUGAAAGCUGGAAACAAACGGACAAAAUUAUGGACGACUUAGUCGAGAAGGUAGAUGAAACUGUCGUCGACAUCAAAAAGACCACAGAUAUUAUAAUGAAGGAGACCGAAAAGAAGUCGUCUCUGUUGGCUACAUACUACGGGUACUUUUCUGAAGCUUUCAAGACCCCUACCGAUCUUAACGAAUAG